UGUGUUUCUUCCUGUGGCAAGGGCCCGCUCAUCGGCUUUAAAUCAUCCGCCUUACACACACACACACACACACACAAUACUGAUCCCGUACAUCCCCGGUCACACACACAUCGUUUAACAGCGCUUGCGUUGCGCGAAAUACCGAGAGGAGCGCAUUUAUUCCACCCGCAGAUAACGGCAUAAAUCUAGCUGUAGCUAACGGUGCGCGAUUCGAAAGCUCGCUGGUGCGCGCGCGCUCUCUCUCUCCCGCUCCGUUCCUGACGUCAGCGAGAUUGUCUCUGAGAGCGUCGAGCCCAGCAGCGCUCUCUCUCCACACUGACCCUCCAUUGUGCGCACGCUAACGAUGCCAGCGCUCGCAGCCGCCGCCGCCGCCCAGUAGAGACCUCCCAGCCCGAGGACCGAGCACCACGACCCCGCUACACAGUCCGAGAGCGCGCGCCAGAGACUUAUGUUCCAGCCCAACGUUGUCUUUUGCGGGAUUUAAUGCUCUAGCUAGUCGCCGACAGGGAGAGAGAGAGAGAGUGUGUGUGUGAGAGAGAGGGAUAGGGACAGCCUUAGAGAGGGAUAAGGAAGAAACACCGAGGAUAUUUCUCACCCGGACCGUUUUGGAGAUAAAAAAGAGCCGAGGUUCAUCUAGCCAUGGGAUGUACACUGAGCGCAGAGGAAAGAGCGGCUCUGGACAGGAGCAAAGCCAUCGAGAAAAACCUCAAAGAAGACGGAAUCACUGCUGCUAAAGAUGUGAAAUUGCUCCUGCUAGGGGCUGGGGAAUCUGGGAAAAGUACCAUCGUGAAACAGAUGAAGAUUAUCCAUGAGGACGGUUUCUCUGGUGAUGAUGUGAAGCAGUACAAGCCAGUGGUCUACAGCAACACCAUCCAGUCUCUGGCUGCUAUCGUGCGUGCCAUGGACACACUGGGGCUGGAGUACGGAGACAAGGAGCGUAAAGCUGAUGCUAAGAUGGUCUGUGAUGUUGUGAGCCGUAUGGAGGAUACCGAGCCCUACUCUCCGGAGCUGUUGUCCUCCAUGAUCCGCCUGUGGUCUGACUCAGGCAUCCAGGAGUGCUUCAGCCGUGCUCGCGAGUACCAGCUCAAUGACUCCGCCCAAUAUUACUUAGACAGUUUAGAUCGGAUUGGUGCUGCAGACUACCAGCCCACAGAGCAGGAUAUUCUGCGAACUCGAGUGAAGACCACCGGGAUUGUAGAAACCCACUUCACCUUCAAGAACCUGCACUUCAGGCUGUUUGAUGUGGGAGGUCAGAGGUCGGAGAGGAAGAAAUGGAUCCACUGCUUUGAGGACGUGACCGCCAUUAUCUUCUGUGUGGCUCUGAGUGGAUACGACCAGGUGCUCCAUGAAGACGAGACCACGAACCGCAUGCAUGAGUCCUUGAAGCUGUUUGACAGCAUCUGCAACAACAAAUGGUUCACAAACACCUCCAUCAUUCUCUUCCUCAACAAGAAGGACAUAUUUGAGGAGAAAAUUAAGAAAUCUCCCUUAAGUAUCUGCUUCCCAGAGUACACAGGUGCUGCAGGUUCAGACACGUUCAUGGAAGCGGUGGGCUACAUUCAGUCCCAGUACGAGAGUAAGAACAAGUCAGUUGACAAGGAGGUCUACUCGCACAUCACCUGUGCUACAGACACAAACAACAUUCAGUUUGUCUUCGACGCUGUCACCGAUGUCAUCAUCGCUAACAACCUGCGCUUCUGUGGCCUUUACUAACCCACAAUGAUGCCCAGCUCUUACACAACCCCAGAAUACAGUGGCAACUGUUGUCAGAUAUGACAUUUUGUCUAUGUUUUAUACUUAUAAAUGUCUCCACAUGUGUGCCCGUCAGGCCAUUUGAUGGCCUUUUAUAAGGUGAGAGCUAACUCAAAUCUGGUGAUAGUUCUCACAGAGCUGUUCUUUAAUUUAUGUGCUAAAUUUAAACCAAAGGUCUGAUCUCAACUAUUGAUUUUGGUACAUUGUUACAAAUACAGGAAUGUGCUUUGAAUGUCCUUCCUGACACCUUCCUGGUGUGUUAGAGAGAGGUCAGGAGAUAUUUUAAAGUAAAAAUUGGUGCCAAACCUCCACUACUUCCUACUUUUUCCUACUGUAGCUGAGCUUGUAAAGUCAGACACAUUCUCUUGUCCAUAUUACACAGUAUGCAGAUAAAUAAUUCCAGAUUCAAUGAGGUUAUGUGGCAAUAUAUUAAAUUCCCAUAACUAUGUAAGUGACUAUAAUGAUGUUCUAUACACAUGUAUUAUUUUCAAAUGAAUGCAUUAUGGGAUAUGAAUUUCAGUGAAUAUUCACAAGCUGGCUCAUAUUACAUGUGUUCUGAGUUGGCAGCAAUCUCAGAGUGUUGAUGAAACACUAGGCUUGACAUUUACUUGGCAUUUAGAAGAGAGUGCAAAUGUCCGAUGCCUUGAGCCAAACCACAAAAAUGUUAGCCUCUUAGCAUCCUAAAAAACAACAGUACGUGUUACUCUUCAAAAUUGGGUUUUGGACCUUUUAAACCAGACACCCAGGACAUUCCAAAGAUUCAAAAUCUUAAUUUUUAAUUAGCUUUUUGCAUUUUGAGAACAGACAAAGCUGAUUAUACCUACAUAGAAAGAGAUAAUAACUAGAUUUGUACCACAUACAAAUCAAAUGAAUCUAUCUAUAUACACUGUACAUUAAAGUUUGGGGUCAGACUUUUUUUUUUUUUUAACACAGCUGCAUCUUUUAUUUGAUCAGAAAAGACAUUAAUAUUGAUAUUUAUAAAUAUAUUCAACAUUUCUAUUUUAGUAUAUUUAAAAUGUAUUAUAUUCCCGUGAUGGAAAUGCUACAGUACAUUUCAGCGUUCAUUACUCCAGUCUUCAGCGUCACAUGAUCCUUCAGAAAUAAUUCUAAUAUGCUGAUGUGGUGCUUAAGAAAUAUUGUUUUAUUAUUAUUGUCAAUGUGCAAAACAGUUGUGCAGAAAUAGGAUUUUUGUAACAAUGUAAUAGUCUUUACUGAUCAAUUUAAUGCAUCAUUGCUGAAUAGAAGUAUUAAUUCCUUUAAAAAAAAGAUACUGACCUCAAACUUUUGAACGGUAUACACACACACACACACAUAAGAAUCACAUGCACACAUGCAACAACUGGAGUGACAUGCUUCAUAUUAGUAUGACUUGAGAAAUAGAAUCACAGAGCUGUCUCACCACACAUUGUCUAUUCUGCUGUUUUGUUUGUAGUUCAGUCUAUUUUAUACUAUCCUGCUUAAUUGCUGGUCAAAGUGUGUAGUAGUGCUAGUCAUAUCUAGGGGUGCAGAAUGGACCUGAGCUGAAAAGACUCUUUGGUUUCUCUGUAAUCGGCAGACACGUGCAUUGCAUUGAACUCAGACCUUGGCCUGCUUUGAGUCUCUGUGUAUGUGAAAAUACAGAUCUGUAAUUGACAAUAAUUCACAGUGCCAUAUAUGCUUUGGAUGUUUGCUGCUAUAUGUGUACACAGUACUUCUUAAUAUUCAUCUCUCCAUAGGAUCACUUUAGUCAAUGUGUGAAUUACACAGUGACUUUCAGGGAGGUUGGCUUUUUAAAUGAUUUUUGCCGUUCGUUUUUUUAAUGUCUGAUGAAAGGUAUUUUUAAUCUUGUGCAACACAAAUUGUAAUUUGGCAGCAGAUGCACAGCAUGACUAAAUUAUCUGAAAGACCCUGUGGAGUCCUAUAUGAUUUUAAAAUAUUUAUUUUAAUGAGACUCCCUUAACCUUUUGCUUUGGCUGUCUUUGAGAGGUUCAAACUUCAUAAUAUGUGACCCUGGACCAUAAAACCGGGAGCACGGGUAUAUUUGUAGCAAUAGCCAACAAUACAUUGUAUGGGUCAAAAUUAUAGAUUUUUCUUUUAUGCCAUAAAUCAUGGAUAUUAUGUAAAGAUCAUGUUCCAUGAAGAUAUUUUGUAAAUUUCCUACUGUAAAUAUAUCAAACCUUAAUUUUUGAUUAGUAAUAUGCAUUGCUAAGAAUUUCAUUUGGACAACUUUAAAGGUUUUUUUUUUUUUUUGCUCCCUCAGAUUCCAGAUUUUCAAAUAGUUGUAUCUCGGCCAAAUAUUGUCCUAUCCUAACAAACCAUACAUCAAUGGAAAGCAUAUUUAUUCAGUAUAAAAAAAUUCCCUUAUGACUGGUUUUGUGGUCCAGGGUCAUAUAUUAAUAUUUUACUGUUAAUCUAUGAGAAAUAUGGAUUGAAUUCAAUCGUUCACUUCUACAGCCAAAAGUUUUCUUGAUGUAAAACACAAAUUGUGCCAACUAUGAACAGUUAUGUGUUAUUAUAAGGCCAGUGUCAGUACUAAGCACCUUUUAGCCAUUGUUUGGGUCCAUUAAGGGUCAGUUUUCAUACAUUUCGAGAGCGUAUGUGUAGCCGCAUAGUGACUUUCAUUCUAGAAGCCAAAUAAAGAGUGUAAAGGGAAAGCAGUAUCAGUUUUAGUAAACUCCUUUGACCUUAAUCCCAGUUUGAUGGGCCAUACAAUUUGGAUUAUGAUUUUAAAGAAUGACGAGUAUCAAGACAGCUGGCUAAUGCAUGACAAUUGUCAGCUCAGACACAUGUGUAAUUAGGUCAGUGGCCAAGGUAAAGAAACGCAAGGGUAAUUGAGUCUGUCCGUUGCUGAGGGACAAAGGCCAGUUUGUUCCCUGGCUUGUAGCCGCAGUACAAAUAACUGUUGGUGAUGUGUCCAGACUUCUUUCAUCAGACUGACUAAUGUGAUAAGUUCAAGCGGUACAUUUUGCUAAUGUAGCAUAAUUUACUUGAAAUGGUACUUAAAUUUGAAAUUGUGAGUUUCAUUGUAGUGUUUAAUCCAUAUUUGAUUCUGAGUAAAUGCAGCAGGACCCGGCAGACAUGCUCUCCCGUCACACAUAUUACUGUAAUCUCACCGUCCAUCACUUUUUGUUUGUUUGUUUUUGUCAUACUGCUGUAAUUAUUGUUUUUAUGUAUGUCUCACUGCUAUGAUUAUUUAUUGAACAAUGGAUGUCUAUUUAUAUGACAUGAAUGAAUAAAGUACUUGUGAAAUCCA